AUGGCGGCAGCAGUAAUGAACUCCUCCAUACCUCUAACCGCAACCGCACCACCAUCAUCAACCAACGACGUCCCUCCAACCGAAGUAGACCUGACCGCCCACCCAACAGCCCAGCACCUCGUAUCGCGCUGCCGCGACUUCUUCUCCCAAGUCGAAGACCUUACACCAGGCCACCAACUAGAAGCCUACCUCAACAAAAACUACGGGCCAGGAAACCCAAUCUAUGAAGACCUAUGCAAUUCGACACGUCAAGGCCUCAAAGAAGGCUGGGUCGCUAACUUCGAACUCGAUGGUGCAAAGUACAGGCGUUCCAAGAUUUUGCUGCCGAGUGCUGAGAACAGGUUCUUUUCCAUCACAACCGUGUAUAUGGAGAGUGAAGAAGAGUACUCGGGUCAAUAUCACUCUCAUCCUUACGGAGAGAUCAACUGUGUGGUGCAAAUCGACAAGACUGCAGAACUCAAGGGUAUGCAGGGUUGGCAAGGUGCAGGUUGGACAUCGCCAGGACCGGGCACUCAUCACUAUCCAGAGGUGCGUGGAGGGGCUUUGAUCGCGCUCUUCUUCUUGCCUGCGGGUAGAAUCAGCUACAAAGCUAAGCCUGGUGAUCCUCAACCUGCAAGUGUAUGA